UAGCAGGCAACAUGGCGGAAAAGGUUUUCCGAGUGGUCCAGACGGCCAAGAGCCUGCCAGGCUUGCGGAACGCGCUCAACCAGCUGGCCACGCGUCAUGGUCAGGUCAUUGAUCGCCUCAUUCCGGGACCAGCCCGGCAUUCCAAGAAGAUGCAUCGCAUGUUGACCAUGAAGAUUGCCGGUGCACACGAUCAUGGCUACAAGGUGGUCUGCAAGCACGGGUUUGAGAUGCAGGAGGUGUAUGUGGUGACCAAGGCCAGUCGCGAGCGAUUGCAAUAUGGUCUUGACGAUGUCUCGGGCAAGUUCUACUUUAUGAAGCUUGAAGGUCAACGAAUUCCCCCGCCACCCUCGGCAUAGGUCUGAGACACAAGUCUCUUUUAAGCUUUUGGCACUUGUGUUUUAUAAAAAAAAUUCCACCCAGCUUCAUUGCCUCCUUGAGCAGGCCCGGCGAGCCGCGGCGCUGUCUCGACCCAACUUUUUUCAUCUACUGUUCUUGUGUUCUUUCGUGCUGUGCUGUCUCUACCGUUGCGUUUGCGCAUGCUCGUCACGUCUGGGGUGCCCGUGUGUCUGAUAUGGUUGACUGGGACAUUCUUCUGGGCAGACCAGCGCCUCUUGUGCGCUUCUUCUAGACAUAAAAUCAAUUCACACCCUCUAAAGU